ACAACACCGCCACCCUACACAGCUCGGUCACAGCGACUGAUCCCGUCCGCCCAGGCACCCAAGCCGCACUCCAUCCGCCAUCCGCGUUUACUUGGUUGCCCUCUUUCUUUCUUGUGGCAUCGCCCGACUAUGGCCUCAAUCGAAAGUUAUGUUGACCACACUGUCCAAGUCAUUUUGCAGGACGGCCGCGUUAUCGUUGGGAAGCUAAAAGGGUAUGAUCCGCGCACGAACCUCAUCCUCUCCGACUCGGUGGAACGUGAAUUUUCUAUGGACCAAGGGGUUGAGAUGAUUCCGUUGGGCCUAUACGUGAUAAAAGGAGACAAUGUUGCGGUAGUGGCAGAGUUGGAUGAGGAGAAAGAUAGCACCAUCAACUACAACGACAUCCGGGCAGAACCUCUAGCCGAAUUACGGUAUUGAGUAUCAGCUAGUAGACAUUGGCAACUUGGGAGAUGAACGCGAGACAGGUCCGAGUGGGCAAGGUGUACUCUGAACCGAGACCCUUUGACAAAAUGAAGCGCUCAAUUGUCAUGCGGGCGCACAAGGAAAUGACGACUCAAUUCUUUUUCUUUUUCUUUUCUUUGCGGCAGGACUGCAUGCAAGGAUUAAGUUGAUCGAUCACACUGCAACUAGCUUGCUCGAUACAGGAGGCCUUUGACCUGUCAAGCAUACGUCAAAUCGCUUGCCAUAAAGACAGAAUUUCGCUUAUCGACAUGGAUCACGUCGUCCGCGAUCUCUUUGACUGACGCCAGAGUGAAGUACGGAGGAAAAACAAUAACCAGUGGCAGUGCUACACCAGUCAUUAUAUGUAACUAUCGAAUUACAACAUAUAAAUGAGAAAAAACCAGGACCCAUGACGUGGAAGUUGCACUUACUAGAUUCUCCGCCGUCCGUUCUUCCAACCAUGAUCAUGAUCACAGAUCGCACGCACAACGAAGAAGCAACUACUACUACUCCGCCUUCAUCUUCUUCCUUACCCGGUUGACUCAAUGGCACAGGUCCGAAUUUCCCCCCUUGCAGCGGGUUGCGACUCUCUGUCCCGAUCUAGUUAGUUCUUUGAUCACGGGAU